AUGGGGUUGAUACAGGCGGGGACGUGGGGUGUUGACACAGGAGGGGACGUGUGGGGUGUUGACACAGGCGGGGACGUGUGGGUGUUGGACACAGUACCAGCCAGUUCUACACCCAACACCAGCCAGUCCUACACCCAGCACCAGCCAGUCCCACACCCAGCACCCAGCCAGUCCCACACCCAGCACCAGCCAGUCCUACACCCAGCACCAGCCAGUCCCACACCCAGCACCAGCCAGUCCCACACCAGACCAGCCAGCCCACACCCAGCACCAGCCAGUCCUACACCCAGCACCAGCCAGUUCUACACCCAGCACCAGCCAACCACCAGCCAGUCUACACCAGCACCAGCCAACCUACACCCAGCACCAGCAACUACACCAGCACCAGCCAGUCCACACCCAGCACCAGCCAGUCCUACACCCAGCACCAGCCAGUCCCACACCCAGCACCAAGCCCACAGCACAGUAAUCCUACACCCAGCACCAGCCAGUCCACACCCAGCACCAGCCAGUCCUACACCAAAAGAGUCACACCCAGCACAGAGCCCACACCCAGCACCAGCCAGUCCUACACCCAGCACCAGCCAGUCCUACACCCAGCACCAGCGAGUUCCCACACCCAGCACCAGCCAGUCCCACCACCGCACCAGCCAGUCCUACACCCAGCACCAGGAACAGCGUCAUGAGUCCCAGCACCUAGUAUCCAUAAUGAAUGUAAGAGACACAGAACACGCCAUAACUUGA